AUGUCCGUCUUGAGCCUCCUUCUGAUCAUCCUCAUCUUCAGUACUCUGAGUACAACCACCGAAACGGAGAACAACAAAAAUCCGAUUUCCCGUUACCGCCGGGACGAUGAACCGGAAAAAGUUCCGCAGUCUUGUGACUUUGGGUCAGUGGGGAGACUGACCACAUGUGACUGGACUGUUCCGGAGAACAUCACGGAGGAUGCUGUCCGGUGGAGGCCCGGGAUGGGAUCCUCCUCCAACUGGAUCGGAGGACCGUCGAUUGACCACACGGGCUCGGAUGAGAAUAGUGGAUACAUCUUCUACGAAAGCUCCAGUUUAGGUAGCGAUCGCGACUUGCCGGAUUCGUCAUCCCUCCUGGGCCCUGUCCUCCAGCAGACGAGUCCUUCAGGUCUGUGUCUGUCCUUCUUCUACAGCAUGGCCGGACUGAGCAUCCGGUCCCUGCGUGUGCUGCUGAGAAGCUUGCGGAGAGGAGGCAGGGACGCUCUACUUUGGGACAGCAGAGACAGUCCGGCAGCAGAUACCUCCUGGAAUCCGGGAGAAGUGGUGUACAGCUACGGAGAUCCACACCAGAUCGUUUUCGAAGCCGUGCCGGAUUUGCAAACGCACACCUACAGAGGCCACAUAGCGCUCGACGACAUCCGUUUUCAACCAGUGCCUAGCCGUGAAUCCUGUGUGGGCCACUGCACCUUUGAGGGUGGUUUUUGCGACUGGGACAAUCUGGAAGAGGACGACUUCGACUGGGAACUCGGCCGUGGCAGUACUUCUUUCCUGACUGGACCCGCUCGUGACCACGCCAGUGAUGGUAGAGACGAGCAAACAGGGGGUUUCGCCCAUAUCGGCACUUCCUACCCUCGCCGACCCGGUGACACGGCCAUGUUGCGCAGCCCCGGUUUCCCCCCUACGGGAGACAACGCCCCUUUGUGCUGCCGAUUCGCGACCCACAUGCAUGGUCACGGCGUCGGGACCCUUCGCUUGGUGCUCAAGAACGAAGACGAGAGCGACAAGACGGUCUGGGAGAUGUCCGGACCGUCCGGGAGCAGCUGGCACCGAGCACGAGUCACCUUGUCUUCACUCAGCCCUUUCCGGUUACUUUUCAUUGCAAUUGUUGGAAAUCAGUUUGGAACAAUAGCUAUCGACGAUGUAUCUUUCCGUCCUGGUCCUUGUCCUGUGGUACCUCAAACUGCAGCAAAAGACGUUGGAGAUUGCAGCUUUGAAGAUAAUAUGUGUAGCUGGAACAAUCCAUCACCCCAGGACAACUUGGACGAUAUCGACUGGGCUCGACAAUAUUCCUAUGACCCUAGUGGUCCCCCCAGUGACCACACCCGUGGCGAUAGCAAAGGCUAUUUCAUGAAUCUGCUCUCGGCUCGUGCACCCAAGCCGCAAAGUGGCAGCAAAGCAUGGCUCGUCAGCUCUCGUUUCCGACCUUCGGCUGUCCCGCGCUGCGUGUCCUUCCACUACUGGAUGCAAGAAAGGCUCAUCGAUCCUCAGGGACUCAGCCUGGGUAGCCUGAGAGUCUUUGUGAGGCUCAUGCUUCCAGGCAAACCUCUUAUCCCCGUGUGGAGAUUGCACAACCACCAGGGCGAGCGCUGGUUCCCAGCCCGGGCACCGAUUCGCGCCCAGAGCGACAGCGACUUCGAGGUGGUUUUCGAAGGCACCUGGGGUGAAGGAAGGAGUGGUACCAUAGCUCUGGACGAUGUGGUUUUCUUCGAUGGCGACUGCACCACGGAGCCUCUUGGAGCUGCUGCUGUGUCUGGAGAAUGCUUCUUCGAAGAAGGGACUUGCGGAUGGAUCGCGCUGCCAGAUCCUAAAGAAGAUGAUCCGUCGUCCACCACCACUGAACCAAAAGAGAAUCCGAUUAGCAGAUGGAAGCUUGCUAAGUCUGAUAACAAGCCAGCUGGUCUGUCCGACCACACUUUUCAUUCUCCGACAGGUUAUGUGUUCUUUGAUGUAUUUCAUGCUCAUGAGCCAUUGAGGCCUAUUCUCAGAAGUCCACUGCUUGAGCUAAGUACCGGUGGUGUUCGUUGCUUAGGAUUCUGGUUCGUUGCAUUUGGAAGAAGUGAAGCAACAGCCCUGGAAGUAGUUCUUUUAGAUCUGAGUGACCCUGAGCUACCGAAACGAACGGUGAUCUGGCGAUUGGAGGCACGUAAUUUUGCAAACGCAAGUCGUACCGAAUGGAGUUAUGCCCAAGUCAGUGUCGAGUCUCGCGGUGAUUUUUUGCUUCAAUUUGAAGGACAUUCUUCUGACGGUGGGUUUGCCGUCGAUGACCUCAGUUUCUAUGAUGGGACCUGCCACGCUAGACCCCCAGCAGCGGUUGGCAAAGGAUAG